UAUGUUAGUUGUUGCUAUAAUCAUAUUCAGUUCUGACUUAAACGAGAUAAAUCAAGCUCAAAGCUCAUGCCUGCUAUCACAUCCUUGUGUAAAAGAAUAGUGCCGCAUCGUGACCUCUAACCCGACUUGUUGCCCCUUGAUGGAGACUAAUGUUAGCAUUUAGCUAAUAUUAGCUACUAUAAUACAUCAACAGGAAGUAACGGCGGACAGGCUAAACUCCAAUGUCUUUCACUUUGAAUUCCCCAGGCAUGAACUGUACUUUAGAUAAAGUCCUGGCAGAUGCCAAAUCAUUAGUGGAGCGUCUCCGUAACCAUGACAACGCAGCCGAGAUGUUAAUUGAACAGACAACAUCGCUUAACAAGCGAGUGGAGGCCAUGCAACAGUACCAGGAGGAGAUUGACUCAUUAAACCAGGUAGCGCGACAUCGUCCUCGUUCUAGUCUGGUCCUAGGAAUCCAACAGGAAAACCGUCAGAUCCGAGAUCUCCAGCAGGAAAACAAAGAGCUACGAACGUCGUUGGAUGAACACCAGUCUGCGUUAGAGCUCAUCAUGACCAAAUACAGGGAGCAGGUGUUCAGGCUCCUCAUGGCCAGCAAGAGAGACGACCCCACCAUCGUGACGCAGCUGAAGGAGCAGCACACCACGGAAAUGCAAGCGCACAUAGACAAGAUCAGCGAGAUGGCCUCUGUGAUGAGGAAGGCGAUUGAGGUGGACGAGGGCCGAAUAUGUGAAGACGAGGAGAGGAUUAAACAGCUAGAGCUGGAGAACAGCGGCCUCCGAGAGCUGCUGGGAAUUAGUCGCGAGGCUUUCCUGGUCCUGAAGAGAGACGACGUAUCAGAGAACACGUCACUGUCGCCGUUGUUGACCAGCGCCGACAUCAGCCUACGAAAGAAUUAGGGAGCCUAUGGUGACCGCCGAGCCCCCCCCCCUUCCCCCCCUCCCUCCCUCCCUGCUGCCGCUGCCACUAUUGUGUACAGUGUCUUGCCACAUACAGCCUCUUCUUUCACCCCCACACAUUCUGUAUAGUCUCCUUUCUCCCGGAGCAUUUACGGCGUGAUGCUGCAGAGCUGUAUUCUCGUCUGGUGAUUCAGACAACAAGCAGCGGGAAAGAUCUGUCUCAUUAUUAUUUCUUUCUGUACUUCAGUUAUGUUUUGUCAUUUAGCCAGCAUGCAUGAGACUGUGGUGCCUGCAAGGUUUUAAUGUAUGAAUGGGUAAAAGAAGGGCUUGAGUUGAAAUAAAUGAAUAAAUAAACAUGUAA